CACUGUAAACAUGAAAUCACGUGACCCAACCCGGAAGUGCGGACAAGGCUAGCGCUAGAACUCACAACUCUAGUCGCUGGACCUUCCAAGGCUGCAAACUUCGAAUUUGGAAACGGCUAAGAUGUCCAAAUGGCUUCCAGUGGUCCAUUCCAACUAAGUCCUCUAUCUGAGCUGGACUUUCCUGGUUGUCCAUACUCGGUGUCUGUCCUCAAAGUAGGAUACUGUCAAUCCCAACGGAACGGGACAUUCAAGGCAGACGGAACCAUCACACUAAUAACGGGACACAAAGAUAACAACAUCCUGGUGGACACGGGGGGACCAUGGAACAGAGACUUCCUCGUCAAGGCUCUUAAAGAACGGGGUUUGGAGCCAGGAGACGUCCGCCUGGUUGUGGGGACUCAUGGACACUCAGACCACGUGGGCAACUUGAGUCUUUUCCCGUCAUCGCUGAUGAUAGUCGGACAUGACAUGAGCCAAGGGGACAUAUAUACACCCAACAGGUUGGCGCAGGGGGGCGCGCACAUCGUGGACGAGCACGUAUGCGUAGUUCCCACUCCCGGCCACACGGGGCAGGACGUGAGCGUGCAGGUGAAAGGGAUGUCAGUGGGCACGCUGCUCGUAGCGGGGGACCUAUUUGACAGCUACUGUGACGAGGACAGUUGGCGGGAGCUGAGUGUCAACACAAAAAUGCAGGAAGCGAGCCGCCAGAGGGCGCUACUAACAGCCGACGUCAUCAUACCAGGACACGGCGUCCCCUUUAAAAUCCUCAGGAAUUAAUACUAUUUUUACAUUAUUUAUUUACAUAGGAAGUUAUUUGAGGAAAUACGGUAUUCAAACAUUGUAAAAAUGCAUAUUCCGACUUGAUGUGACUCAAGAUUUUUUUUUUCUGCAAUAUUAAGCCUUUUGUCCUUGAGUUACAAGUUUUAAAAUCGCCUAUGACGUCAUGUGAAUUACUAUUUUGUGUCUGUAGUAGGCCUUUUGUCUCCCUAAAUUACCAAUUUCAAAGUCACUCAAUAUUAUGACUUUUUCCACAUGUACUUGUACAAAAAAAAAUACCUUCAAAUAAAUUUCAUAUCCCCUCUCUUAUUUUAGUGUGUUU